AUGCAGCUCAGCACAGAGGGCUAUCACGAAGAGUUGCGGCUGUUGCGCGACAAGCCGGAGCUGCUGUCCUCUGGAGCAGAGAUGGAGGUGCGGAAGGUAUGGAGAGAGCGGCUCUGGAUGGACGACGAACUGGAAAAGGCGGAGCUGCGUCCACCCAAGAGCGACGUUGUGCACCGACAAGAGGUGCACGGCGCGGCCCGCGGAAUCGCAGCCCUCUCCUCGUCCUUUGCACCGUACCACGUCGGCACGGCCGAGCACGCCGCGCGGCAGCGGCAAGCGCCAGCGCCGAUGAUGGAAGAGGUGGACGAAGUGGUUGUCAUGGCGCAGCAUGUCGUCUUCCGCGUUGGGCACGACGAAAUCGCGUCGCACUUCUCGGCGAAGCACCCCCACUCCAUAAUCAAUGCCUCUGCCUUGGCGAGCGUGCAGCACGUGGAACUCGGUGUCAUGCCUCCUGCCAAGCACAUGCGAGAGCAGCAGCAGCAACAGCAAGAGCGCGCCGUCAAGCAGCACCUCGCCUCCCUCCGCCGGUUUUCGCGCGACACCCCGUACGAGCUCAAGGAGCGCCUUGCUCGCGACAUCGUCGCCGGCCGCGUCGAUGUGCCGAUGCAGACCGCCAUCACGGAUGCCGUGAUGGACGAGCAGCGGUGCUCUCUCCCCACCACGCGACAUCACUUAUCGCCGGACCUGUGUGUGUUUUCCUCUCCACGGACCGAAAAGAGCAGCGCGGCCGCGCGCCGGAGGGGACAGCACGAUGGCGACCUGCCCGCGUCAGCAGCUCUGAUCAUGUGGCAGCUGACGCUGCGCAAGCCGAAGAUGCCAACGACGCCGCUAUGGCAGCGCCCCUGGCUGCCGCCGGGUACGUGGGCCGUCGAGAUGGCGAACUGCGAUGUGACACGUGCAGCAGCGCUGAUGCGCGCCUCCGCCGUCCGUGACCCGCUCGCCGUGGAAAAGCGGGCGGCGGCCAUCGAAGACGGUGUAAAAGCACCGAGGCACCACCAAGGCACACCCAAAUCUGCGGGCGUGGCGACGGCAGCCACUGACGGCGAGCAGCACCGCCACAACGUUGGGGUUCGCAGGCAGGAAGCCGCAAUGGCGUGCACGGAUGGCACGGAGAACCUGUACGGGCUCCAGUAUGUCUGGCGGUCGCCUCUGCCGCCGGGAGGGUUCAUUCGCGUCUCUCCUGAUCCGCGCAUCGCCAUGUGGCCCGACUCGGAGGACGAGGACAGCGACGAGGACAGCGACGAGGGCGCACUUGAAAAGACGGAAAAGUACGACAACUCGCAGGCGCGUGGGGUGGUGCACGCGGGCGAUGGUGGUGGUAUCCGUGAAGAUGUUCGCCGCAGCAACUCCAAGAUCUCGACGGGCACCUCUCAGCACCAUGACCGCCAAGCGCAGAUGCGCCGCCUCGCACGCUGUGUCAACCGCCGAACGCACAAGCUGCGCUGGUUGCACAGCAUUGGCCGCCGUCAUGUGUGCUACAAGGAUCUGGCCCUCUCUGGCUCAGACAACUCCUUAACAGGCGCCGCCUCGGCAUCGUCUUCCUCCUCGUCACAGUGCACGUCGCCGACAGUUUCGGCGCUGCGCGACAUUCAUGUUGCAGCCGAGGUCAAGCAAGCCAGUAAGAGGGUGACGCGUCUACCGCUGCUCAAUGACAACGGCAAAGCCCGUCGACGCCAGCGGCGGGGGCAGGAAGGCGACGAGGCCACCUCGCGAGGGUCGCGACCCGUGUACGACGGCGUGUUGAACAUCAACGUCUACGCCGAGAUCGUCGAGAGCCAAUGUCGGAACCCCAGCAUUGUCGGCCCGUCGCCUCUGCGAGCGAAGUCGCAACAACACGGCCAGCAGGCGAGCAAUGCAACCACGACAACGCGUCGCUUCCUCGGGUGCUACCGGCAGAGUCGCCUGCUCAUUCACUUCAAGCUGUACUGCCGGGCGUUGUACGAGGAGGAACGGGUGCGCCACGGCGGUGCUGGCACCCACGUAAUUGGACGCGCCGGCGGAAGCGCUCCAGAGUACACGCCGGCAACGGAAGGACUGCUUGCUGGGGUGCCGGCCAUCCCGCACCCGGUGCUGAAGCUGCAAGAGCACGCGCCGUCACUGCGUAAGUCCUACGCCCAUCGUAUCCCCGUUGCGUCGACUAUGAGCGGCUGCCGCUGCUGGGAAGGUCUGUACCCGGCCCUUGGCACCAAUCUGGCCACCUCGGUUCAACAGGCGUGGCGGCAGCUGCGGCGGUCCAGCCUGGUACGUCAGGCCCUGCGCGACAUCUAUGACGAGCUGCCACAUGACAAGGAGGGUCUCCUGGACAAGCGGGCGUUCGUGCUCUUCGUGCUGCAGCUGCUCGAGCUCUUCUUCCCCACCCGCCUCCCCGCGGCGGCCCACAUCGCCAUCGCGGAGGAGGAGUGGGUGUACCGCGGCACAACGGAGCACGUUGGGCCGCAAACCUUUCACGAGAAGUUCUUCGUCUUUCCGUUCAUUUUUUACCGCGACAUCGCCGCCGUGACGGAGGCGCAGCUCGUCGAGUUCUGGACUCUCGUCCGCGUCUGCUUUGAUGCGCAGAAGAGGACGCAGGCGAAGGCGGCGGCGGCGGCGAGCGCAGCGGUGCGUGGGCGGUCGUCGUCGCUGGCAGGCCGCGGCAGCGAUGCGCCGCCGCCGCCGCCGCCGCCUCCCCUCCUCCCUCUGUUGACCCCGCUGACGCUUUUCACGGCGGAGCAGCUGGACGCACUGCUCUCGCGCCCGCCACCCGCGUUUGACGUGGACGUGUACGAUCGAUACUGCUUGCUCCGCCAAGCCUUCCGGGCGGAUCCCAAAGUGCGUGCGGCCCCGCGCGACCAUCAGUACGUGGUGGCACGCAGUGUGGUCGAGACGCAGCAGCAGGCAAAGCGCCCACGCGCUAGCAACUGUGUGGCACAGAAAGGGAGCGCGGCACACAAGAUGACAGCGCCGCUGACGGCGUGUCAGGCGCAGCUCUGCUCGGCAGACGUGAAGCGACGCGCGGAAGUUGCGGCGGCGGCGCAGCGGGAGCGAGAAUCACGUCAGCGCGACCUGGAGGCACAGGAACACAAGGCGCUGCUCGAAGAGUCGGACUACUAUCAAGCGCGCAUCGGCCGUAUUCAAUCCCGCUCCGCAACCGUGAUUUCGGGCAUUGAGAGCACCUGCAGCACCUGGGAGCUACACCGCACCGAGGCGUACGCCCCUCCGCAGAAGGACGAAAACGCCGACGCGCGGCUGCAGGUGAAAGAGGACGUGGAAGAGCUUCUCCUGGAGUACCUCGACGACGUGCCGCUUGAUGUCUUCGACGGGCUUGUGUCGCUGCGUGAAUGCUACCUCCUCCACGCCGGCCUUCGGCAAGAGCGACUUAAUCGCACCUUUUCCCUGCUGCAGCCGCCAGUGAACCCGUUAGCGCGAGCCACGCCGUCUCGCAGACCUGUGAAGGCGGAUGAUGUGGCGCAGCAGUGCAUGGCAGUGAUGACAGGUGGCCUUGGCGCAACGCAGCGGCGCAUCGCCGUCUCAGAGGAGACGAGACUCCUGCUUGAUGGCGCGAGUGAUGUCAGCAGCAGCGCUGUCAUCACGCCCCCUACCACGUCCUACGUCGCAGGUAUGUACCCUCUACAGGCCGUGCGGCGAACGGUGAGCUCGGUGCUGUGCCCGUCGCGAGUGCCUAGCCGCGGGAGGAGAAGCAUCCUGAACAGGAGCAGGGAGGCAAGCCUAUUGGGAGCGUGCAAAACGUUCUGUUCGGUCUCGGGUGUCGAGGACGACGGCAGAAUCGGUGCGGCCUCGACGUUCUCGUCCUUCUACACCGCCGCCUCCGCCUCACAUGCGCAGCCCACGCGCGGCCCAACGACACGCGGCGUUCAGCACAAAGGCGUUGCCGCGAGCACCAGCGUGUGUGGCGUGAGCGGGCGGUAUCCUGGGAAAGAUGAGGAUGCUGUGAUGGAGGCCGUGGUGAGCAGCGCGUCUCUCACCGGCGUGCGCAACAGGUCAUGUUACCGAAAACCUGUCGCGGCGCGGCUACGCCAGCUUUCGCGUCCAGCCACGCCAGCCGUGUCGGCCACACCGUUUGUCCCUGUAUCGCCGCUGCUGAGGCCACGCGACGGCGACGUGUCCAUCCUCUGCGGCCUGAACUCGGCAGCAAACAUGCCUGCAAGCACCCAACGCGACACAUCGCCACUGCCGCAGUACCAGCAACCGCUCACGUCCACCAGGGCCUCAUCAGCCGCGGCGCUCGCAACGACGUGGACGUCGUCGGUCAUGCUUCUAGAUCUAGGCGAAGAGGUUGCAAGCGCAUCGCCGGGGUCUGCUCCUUGGGUAUCGCAGCAGGGCUCGACGGUGGUGCACCACGUCAGCGCUCGACCACCGCACCCGCCGGCAUCGUCCACUGUGCAUGCGCCAGCGCCGUCAGCGUCACUGCACUAUGCUCAGCGUCUGCGCGCGCAGAAGCGUCGCCAGGAGAAGUACAAGCGGCAGUUCAACAACGCCGCCAAGACCGCAGCAGGAGUGGCCUGUAAGCAUUGA